AUGGCUACAAUUAACCUGGGCAACGCUAGCCCUACAGAUGAUAUCAAGCAAAUCGACUUAAAGCACCCGGCCAUCCAGAUCCAACCUCUGACCCUCGACACUCCUCUCUUGACUCCUGCUGCAACGCCCGAGGACGUUUCCCCAGCCGACGACGAACCAAUGGCGGGCAAAAAGCUAUUUUCAAUGGAGAGGCCUGACGACAAGGCGAAGAAUCUUGCCGCCAAGCUGACCCUGGAGGAACAGAUUUCUUUGCUUGCAGGAGCCGACUUUUGGCGCACCGUAGCUAUUCCUGAAAAGGGCAUUCCGUCAAUCAAGACUUCGGAUGGACCCAAUGGCGCUCGCGGAGAGUUCUUCACUAACGGCACACCUGCUGCCCUAUUUCCAUGCGGCAUAUCCAUGGCAUCCACGUGGAACUUGGACAUGAUUGAAGAGGUUGGCCGUCACCUUGGUGAAGAGGCAAAGGCUCGUGGUGCACAGGUGCUGCUUGCACCCACUGUGUGCAUGCACCGAUCUCCUCUCGGAGGCCGCAACUUUGAGUCGUAUUCUGAGGAUCCUUUUCUGACCGGAAAGCUUGCGGCUUCCUAUGUUCGUGGCCUUCAGAGUCAGGGUGUCGCCGCUACCAUCAAGCACUUUCUUGGAAACGAGCAGGAGACCGAGCGACAGGCGUAUGAUGCCAUCAUUGCAGAGCGGCCGCUGCGUGAAAUCUACCUCAAACCUUUUGAGAUUGCUGUCCGAGAUGCAUCACCAUGGGCGCUCAUGAGUUCUUACAACAUGGUCAAUGGUGUUCAUGCUGAUGAGUACAUUCAUUCUAUCAAGGAAGUCCUCCGAGGCGAGUGGCAAUGGAAUGGAGCCAUCAUCUCUGACUGGACGGGCACAUAUGCAACUGCUCCCUCGAUCAAAGCUGGCGUCGACAUUGAAAUGCCAGGCCCAUCCAAGUGGCGCAAAGUUGAGCAAGUGAAGGAAUGUCUCGACAAUGGCGAGAUAACUCCCAAGGACAUUGAGGAAUCUGCUGCCAGGGUACUUUACCUUGUCGAUAGGGUCAAAGGACUCAACAACAUGACACCUGAAGAGCCGGAGCGGUCGAUUGACAACAUCGAAACCCGGAACCUGAUUCUCCAAGCUGGUAUUGAAGGCUUGACACUACUGAAGAACGAAAACGACGUCCUACCGAUUAGGGAUGCGAAGAAGAUUGCAAUGAUCGGACCAAAUGCCAAGCGUGCGAUUGCCAGUGGUGGAGGAAGUGCUGGUUUGAACCCUUACUACAAUGUCACACCCUGGCAAGGUCUCCAGAAUCGAUUCGAUGGCGUGCUUUCAUUUGCGCAAGGUUGCGACAGCUCAAAGUGGCUGCCACUGGCCUCUCCCUACUGCAAAUCAAACGGUGAGACUGGCGUACGAUUGGAGUACUACAAGGGGGAUAGGUUCAAGGGUGAACCUGUUGUUGUUCAACAAAAGGUCAGCACAGACCUUUGGCUAUGGGAUUCAGCGCCUAUGGAGUUACUUCCAGACUUUUCUUUCAAGGUCAAGACUACACUCACACCAAAGUCGAGUGGAAACCACAGCUUCAGUUUUGCUUCAGUGGGACCAGGUCGUAUGUUUAUCAACGGCGAGUUGUUUAUUGACAACUGGGAUUGGACCGAGGAAGGCGAGGCCAUGUUCUCAGCGUCUGAGGAUGUACUCAAGUCGAUUUACCUAGAGGAAGGCAAGCCAGUCGAGAUCCUUAUCGAGAGUACCAGCGAAGUACGGCCCGCCUCAAAGGUGUCCGUUAUCGGCAGGCGUCACGACUACGGCGGUUGCCGCAUCGGCUAUCAAGAAGAAGAUAAGAUCGAUCGCCUACAAGAGGCUGCAGAUAUUGCAUGUGAUGCCGACGUUGCCGUCGUGGUAAUUGGGUUGGACGCAGAGUGGGAGUCAGAAGGAUACGAUCGCCAAACAAUGGACCUUCCAAAGAACGGCUCCCAGGAUCGUUUGAUCGAAGCUGUUCUGGCAGCUAACCCCCGAACAGUCAUUGUCAACCAGUCCGGAACACCAGUCACUAUGCCAUGGGUGCACAAGGCCCCCGCAAUCUUGCAGGCAUGGUACCAAGGUCAAGAGGCUGGAAACGCGCUUGCAGAUGUUCUGCUUGGAAACAGCAGUCCUAGCGGUAAGCUGCCAACGACUUUCCCAGUCCGAAUCGAAGACAACCCAGCCUACCACAACUGGCCUGGUGAGAACCUAAAGACUAUCUACGGAGAGGGCAUCUACGUGGGUUACAGGCACUACGAGCGAUCCAAGAUCGCACCACUUUUCCCCUUCGGCCAUGGCCUCACCUAUACCAGCUUCGAGUACGGAACACCAAGCGUCAGCAGUGAUAUUCUGUCCGAAAGUGACGAAAUCACCAUUACUGUACCCGUUACCAACACGGGUUCAGUAGCCGCCCCCGAAAUUGUCCAAGGGUACAUCAAGGAUGUCAAGUCUACGCUCCCUCGCCCAGAAAAGGAACUGCAAGCUUUCGGCAAGAUCUUCCUGCAACCAGGUGAAACCAAGGAUGUGGUCUUAAAAUUGAAUAAGUAUUCAGUGGGCUACUUUGACACAAGUCUGGGCCAGACUGGUGCUUGGAUUGCGGAAGAGGGAGUUUUUGAGGUGUUCAUUGGCGCGAGCAGCGCUGAUAUUAGGGCAAAGGUCAGCUUUGAGGUCAAGGAGAGCUUCCAGUGGAUCUUCUAG